GACCAGCCAUUGCCCGGAGUGCCUGCCUGGUAUACAGACGGUAGCAGCUUCAUUGUGGAAGGUAAGCGGAGAGCAGGGGCCGCCAUCGUAGAUGGCAAACGGACGGUAUGGGCAAGCAGCCUGCCAGAAGGGACAUCAGCCCAGAAGGCCGAGCUAAUCGCCUUGACGCAGGCAUUACGCCUAGCCGAAGGAAAAAACAUCAACAUCUACACGGACAGCAGGUCGCCAUUAUCCACUGCCCGGGCCACCAGAGAGGAAAUAACCCUGUGGCGGCCGGGAACCGGAGGGCCGACGAGGCUGCAAAACAAGCCGCCCUGUCGGUCAGGGUGCUAGCAGAAACUAUAAAGCUUCAAGAGCCAAUCGAGCCUGCUCAAGCUAAGACCAGGCCAGGAGAGCUCACUCCUGACCAGGGAAAGGAAUUCAUUCAGCGGUUACACCAGCUAACACACUUAGGACCAGAAAAGCUCCUUCAACUGGCAAGCCGCACCAGCCUCUCCAUCCCGAACCUCCGGUCCACUGUUCAAGAAGUCGCCAAUCGGUGUCCGGCUUGCGCCAUGACUAAUGCGGCUACCACCUACCGAGAGACCGGAAAAAGACAACGGGGAGAUCGACCCGGCGUAUACUGGGAAGUAGACUUUACAGAGGCUUUAGAAGUUGUAAAAACCCAGAUCUGGGACCAGAUCAAGGAGGUAUACGAGCCAGGUGCCGUGGCCAUCCCUCAUCCGUUCCAGGUCGGAGACCAAGUGCUUGUUAGGCGCCAUCGGACCGGCAGCCUUGAGCCUCGGUGGAAAGGCCCGUACCUGGUGCUACUGACCACACCAACAGCGGUAAAAGUAGACGGCAUUGCAGCCUGGGUACAUGCUUCUCACCUCAAGCCUGCGCCACCCUCCGUACCAGAUGAAUCCUGGGAGCUGGAGAGGACUGAUAAUCCUCUUAAGUUGCGCAUUCGGCGGCGGCGGAGCAAGCCUACCAAGUAAUAACCCUAACCAGCCCAACACCCUCACCUGGCAGGUACUGUCCCAAACUGGAAAGGUUGUCUGGUUCAAGACAGAAGUCCACCCCCUUUGGACUUGGUGGCCCUCCCUUACCCCUGAUAUAUGUGCCCUGGCGGCGGGUCUCGAGGCUUGGGAUAUUCCAGAAAUUGAUGCACCGGCCUCUAAAAGAGUCAGGCCUCCUGACUCAAACUAUGAAAAUGCUUAUAACCAGAUCAAAUAACUCCCCUUGGUUGACCACCCUACUGUCAACCAUCGCCGGGCCCCUAUUACUCCUCCUUCUGUUGUUCACCCUUGGGCCCUACGUCAUCAAUAGACUAGUCCAAUUCAUCAAUGAUAGGGUAAGUGCAGUUAAGAUUCUGGUCCUUAGGCAAAAAUACCAAACCUUAAAUGGCGAAGAUAACUUUUAAUUCCGCUCUAAGAUUAGAGCGAUCCACAAGAGAAAUGGGGGAAUGAAGGAAGUGCUUUUUACAAGGGUAUAGGGAAAAUACAGCCAAAAAGUCAAGUUAAGAAACAAGGGGAACAGAGUCAAACAGGAUAUCUGUGGUUAUGCACCUGGGCCCCGGCCCGAGGCAAAGGGCGGAUAGUUCCCAGAAAUAGACAAGUCAGUUAAAGUUUCAAGAGUGCCCCUCAGCUGUUUCAAGGACUCCCACUUGACCGAAGUUCACCCCUGGCUUGAUUUAAACUAACCAAUUACCUUGCUUCUCGCUUCUGUACCCGCGCUUUUUGCUAUAAAAAGGACCCAGGAGCUCUACUCGGCGCGCCAGUCUUUCGAAAGACUGAGUCGCCCGGGUACCUGUGUGUUCAAUAAACCUCUUGUUUUUGCAUCCGAA